AUGGCAGAUUGUUUGAUACCUGCAACACAUCAGGAAGCUGCACGUUUCUGGUCGGACACGUGCGGCAACGGGCAGCUGGAUCGUGGUGAAGAGUGCGAUCCGUCCAGUCUGAUCUCGAGCACCACGGGUGGGACUUCGAUAAAAGAUACUCGGUCUCGCACGGGCGCGCGUGUGAACACCAGCGAUUUGCUUCCAUGUUGCAACCCGAUCACCUGUUUGGCCGAUGUCGGUGCGGUUUGCACACACGGUGCUUGUUGUGAUCGUUGCCAGUUGGCUGUCCGGGGUAAACAAUGUCGAUCAGCUCGAGAUUUGUGCGAUUUGCCCGAGUUUUGUACCGGGGCUGAGUGCUAUGAAAUUACGCAAACACUGAGCACAUUCACUGGUCUCACUCGAAAUGCUAUGUGUGGACUGUUGCACUGUCAAGGAGGCAAACCGCGCCCGGUAGCGGCAGAUGCUGGACAACCUUUUCUCACCUACACGGAACACAAUGGUCAACAGUUUGAGUGCAAACACUUGUCCCACUCAUCAAGAGUACGUUUUGUGCCGGAGGGUGCAGCAUGCGGUCCAAAUCAAUACUGUUUUCAUCAACAGUGUGUUCCUCCGAACGUGGCACUGCGUUCCCGAUGCCCAUCCGGACCUGUUAACCAAUACACUGAAGACGGNUCCGACAGAGGGGUAUGCACAAAUGCUGGAUUUUGUCUUUGUCAUUUGGGUUGGACCGGAGAUGCAUGCCAAGAAGUGACCUCGGUAGAUACACAAACAUUCCUCUCGGUAGCGUCAAACCGCAUGAAUUCCGUCAAUCGGAAUAUCUUAGCUAAUCCAAGACUGCUGCCUCCUGAACCGGACAUUGCCAAACGCAUUUGGACGCAAGUGGAAGCCAUGCAACGACCAGAUUAUAAACCUGACAGAGAUUAUGCUGGUGGUGAACAAAACGGAAAGACGCAACUGAACACGGUUUACCUCAUUGUGAUUCUGGCAUCCGUGGUCGGUGGAACGUUCCUCUUGCUGUUUGUUUUCAUGCUCAUAUACCGGCGACGAGGUCAAACCGGAUUUGCGCGGAAACGAAAUCGUUCCCGUUGUUUUCCUCUGACUGGAAAUAACAAGCGACUUGGUCCUCACCCAUCUCCUUACGAUCCCAAAGGAAACGGAUCACUUCGUUUGUACGAGACAAACACGGACGGACACGAUUUCCAACUAGCUUUAUCCCCACUGCGAUCACGUAGCGCACGAUCAGCCGGCGAGGAAGACGGUUUCGACUAUCACAAUUCAUCCUAUUUGGCUCGUUGGUCCCACGAACGGCGAUCUCGACGACAUGGGAAGCGGCAUGGUAGUCGCGAGCCUGAUUAUCCCGAAACCGGUGAUCGGCAUCGAAGUCGUCGUCAUCGCCGACGAAAACAUUGUCGAUCGGACCGGCAUAGCGGAGACGAUCUGGAUCACAGUGGCCGCAGUUCCGGGCGACGAACGAAAUAUUCCGAUGGUAGCUUGGCGACAAAUCGACGUCUGCUGGAUUCACAUGGAAACAAUCAUUCUGACACGGAACUGGCUUGUAGACAGAAUCAAGAUAUGGAGGACGAAACGAACACCAUAGAUCGGAUAAUUAAAUUUGGUAGUAUGCCGUCAUACAAGGAAGACAAACUGAAGCAGAAAAGACGCCACGGAGACCGCAACAUGGAUGCGACCACGGACAGCCGUAAAUCAUCGUUGGACGAGCAAGCCGGAACUCGGUCUGCUCCGCCCCAGUCGCCUCCUCCAGCGCAAUCGGCAGGUCAACUUGUAGCCAUGGUUAGUGUGGCUACAGAAUGUACUCAGACCAACAACGCAUUCAAUCCGGGCUGUGGUGAUGAUGAAGACUCGGCGCACCACGUGAACACCAGUCCGACUAAGAAUCCAGGAUUGUCUAGCCCAUUGUCGUCUGCCUUUCGUACUACCACGUUCAACUCCACGCUUGCUUCCAGCGCACCUCCACCUUUGUUUCCACAUACGACAGCUGCUGAAUCAUUGUCACCAUUGUCCACCGGAAAUGGUCAAACAGUGACUACAGCACUGACAAAAUCGGUCGGUGGAUCACAUCAAAAUGAUCUUUCACAGGCUUUAGGUGCCACCGCGGCAUUGAUCGGGGCUGGGAAAGCCGGUGCGGCCGCCGCGAUGGCUGCAGCAUCUGGAACAUCCAAUUCAUCCGGUACUAAAUCACCACUUUCUGCAGUCGUUGGCGAUGGGGUUGGACGUGAUCAGUUACACGGUAAACCGUCUCCCAAUACGGAUACUCUGAAUGGCACAGAUGAAAUGAACGAUGUUCAUUUCAGCAUAGUGAUGGAAAACAGCUGGCGACAACCGGAAAAAGGGAUUCUCAAAAACCGAAACGAAGGCGGUGGAUUGACUUCGAACACCACGUCUGGAUCGGGUCAUAAAUCCAAAUCGAGGAAGUCCGACGGCGAUAGGCGACAUCGAAGACAUCGAAGCAGCCACCAUCGUCACCAUCGACGUCACAAGGGAACCCGGUCUAGUUCACACAGAAUUUGUGACGAGGGAGAGGCGGACUGUUGUUCACUUGAUUCUGACUGCUCAUGUUGUUUGAUCGAAGAGGGUGAUAAACGCGCUUCUCGUGAUCGAUCCGGUUCCGUCCAGACGGACGAUUGUAAACGUUCCUCGUCGCGCUCUCGUUGUACGCACACACGUCAUCCCUCACUGCUUGGCAGUGAGGCCAGUUUGCGGUCGCACAACUCGACUUGUUCGGCUCGUGACGGCAACACAAGCGCCACCUCAUCCGGUUCAAGUCACAACGGAUUGUCAUUGUCCAGUCAAUCGUCCAGUUCAUCCUCAUUUUCCGAUCUGGAUCGAGCUGGCCGAGACGGAGUCGGGGAUGAUAUGCUCUUGUCUACUAGCUCGUCGUCCAGCACGUGUUCCACUGCCCUAGAGGUCGGCCCGGCCGGUCGUAUCGGUCGCGGUACAUCCACCGGCGAGAACGAACGAUCCGGUGGCGCGGGACGAGAUAACGACACAGCUACUGGAGCAUCUGAAAGAGAGCAGCAUCGUUACGGAUCUGAAAAUGCCAUGCUUACUGGAUCCGGUGGCUCCUUGAGCGCGAACGGUUCCACUGAUCAAGGUCCCGGUCCCGGCCCCGAGUCAUCCGGUUCUUCGUCCGUGAGUCGAACAACCACAGGUGCCGGUUUGUCCGGCGCAUCCUCUUCGUCCUCCGGUCUACUCACCCCGGGAGGCUCGACGCAUAUGCAUAGACGCCACCGCCGUAUACGUAGCCGUCGAAGCACGGACGAGGAUGCGACCACUUCGGGCUCGCAUCGAAGCAGUCCGGUUCCACCAGUGCCAACAAUCUUGUGCAACGCGGGGCAACAAACGGACGAGAUCAGUUUGCUGAAAGCUACCGGACUAACCAUAUCUGCCAACAAAGAUGGAAAACGCUCGUCCGCCGCUACAAAAGCCGACGAUUCAGAAGGAGAGUGGGAAGAGGUGGAAUGCAGUGAAUCCGCGUGCGAGGAAUGCCAAGCAGCUUCCGCGACUGCGACCGCCUCCGCCGCUGGUCCCGUCCCCGCGGCCACCACUGGCCCUAUGACAAACGCACCGACCGCAUCUCGAUGUCAUCCCAGUGAGUCUCUCCCAUCACAAGUAACCGGUUAUCCACCCCCGAAGCCGUUCGAUUGCAUCAACCCGUCCCCAAUGAUUGGUGGACACACAAACGCAGCCUAUAUGCCUUCAAUGCGUUCCAGCGGCGCGGAUGCGAAUAUGUCUAACACGUCAAUCGCAUACCAGCAACAAUCCACCGCCUCCUCAUCGUUGGGAUCAUCAAAAAAUUCCCGAAUAGGUACACCGGCCCCGCUCGGGCCAAACCAACAAGGUCCGUUCCACGGGGGCACUCAGUCACCACAUGGUAGCGCACUGGGUGUGAGUGGCAUGAAAUCGGGUGUCACAAAUCGAGCGGCUUCGUCGUCCUCCUGUUCCUCAUCAUCCGUAGCUGGUCACAAUCAAGCUUUCACAAGACCGAUGGUGCCUUCCACGAAAUCAGGUCCAGAUGACUUUCCCAAUCAGCAUAGUGAGCCAGAAGUGGAUGCACAUCUGCACCAUGUUCCCGUCUCACGGUUAGGGGCCCCCUUCUACUCGGGCAUGACUCCCGGACCAACCGGUCUGGUCCUCGGCUCAAUGCAAAUGGCCAAUCCCCCGGGGAUGAAUAUGAUGAAUCCGGUCCCCACGACCUCGUACAACAUGAUCCCGAAUCCGUCUCAUUUUUUACCACCACCACCCCAACAACAACCACCACCACCACCACCUAUUCAUCCAGGAACGGGUAUGAUGCACAACACACAACAGGUCCGCCGUGACCCUUAUCCGAAUCGUUUCACCGGUUCCGUAUUCCCGGAUAAUACAGCCGCGGUGAACCAAAUGGCACGCCAACCGGUUAGGCCAAUCCCAUCUGGACCCGGAUCAACAGCCUACCCCGUGACCACAGAUCACAACGACACGUACUAUCAGCAUCCGUAUGAGGAGGUGGCCACAGACGACUAUGCCGAGGCGAAUAACCAUCAUCAGCAUCUGCGCUCCACCACCACCACCACCACCGAUUCUGUCUAUCCAAGCAAUCACAUCUAUCACCAGCACGGUUUGCCCAUAUUGAAUAACGGGACAAGUGGUAGCCUGGUGAACGGUUGUGUUUACGAGAAAGGUGAGGCUGGAGAUGAUGAGGAACGCUUAAGUCUGGACGAAGGUCAUAUGGGCUCCUUGGGUCCGAGUCCGUUAGGUACCAGAUAUGAUCCAGCUGCAAUAGUAUCUCAGCCCGGGCAACUGUUAUCGAACUAUCCCCAUCUGACCGCCCAAGAUCCACGAGCGGGGCCACAAUCACCGCGAUGGUUGGACGCUUCCGGGUUGAGUAUGAACUCCGGGAAGCAUAACACGGUCCCGUCUGAUUCUGCCAAUCAUCGAGACAGCAAAUCCACAUCCGGCAUGACUGAUGCAGAGGAUGCUGAAAGCGAGUUCAGUCUUUCCGCGUUUCGUCGUGACGAUAUUCGAAUCCCCUCGUAUCAGUUGGGUUCAGUUCCCGGGGGCGCAUCAAAUGGCUCACGUGGUCUGUUAAAACCGACCCAUUUGCGACAUCUAAACGCACCGGACCAGACACGAGCGUCUACCCGUGGCUCAAGCGAACUCGGCACAGAUAUUCGAAGCAACGAUGGCACAUGUGACGAGUCCGAUACGAGCUCUUUGCCCGAAGCCGGUUGUGAUUUGGUUCAGCUGGCCCAAUUGGACGUAUCUGGUCGACCAAAUCCACUCCUAAAUGACCUGGCUCGGCAGCAGGCAAGUCUUUUCGAGAGCACUAGUUAG